AUGGAGAUAACAAUAUCCCAAUUGUGCUCUCGAGUCAAGUUCUCAGUCUCUUCUUCAUCAUCAUCACUGUUUUGUUUUAACAGAAACAGUGAGAGGAAUCUAAAUCGAGCUGCUUCAGUAAAUUAUUUGAAAGAAACAGAGCAGUUCAGUAAUAUUAGCUUCACCACUGCAAAGAAGAAACUGAGAAGUCAUGCGCCUGUAGUGAAAAGAACACGUGCGUCCUCCGAUGAAGAUCAGUCCCCAACUUCCGGUGCCGGAGGAGAACGAUGGCUUCUCCAGCCAGUUGGAGAUGGAGACACAAGACACAUUGGUUACAAAGUUGAAAUGCCUGCUCCUUUCGAGAUCUCUUCCGGUCAAGUUACUAUCGGACGGCUACCGGAAAAGGCUGACGUAGUGAUUCCUGUCGCCACCGUGUCAGGAGUACAUGCAACAAUAGAUACAAAAGGAGACAACCUUCUAGUGACGGAUAUGAACAGCACAAAUGGUACAUUCAUCGAAGACAAACGUCUUAUUCCUGGUGUUGCCGCUCCUGCCUUCCCCGGAACACGAAUCACCUUUGGGGACACAAAUCUAGCAAUCUUCCGUGUUUUCAAGCUCCAAGAUAGUCAAGUAUCCUCGGAGAAAACGAAUGCUGCAGAGUAA